AUGGCCUCUUCUUGGGCUGUUCCACUAGACUACAGGACUAGCCAGUCGCCGUACUGGGUGGAGGUGUUCUCGGUCGCCGCAUCGCGGCCUGCUGAGCGUCCGGAGGUUAUGACGUCCAAAUUCGAGAGCACAAUGCCGAGCAGGGCACGGCCUGCGUCGAAUACGUCAAGCAGAACUGCUGUGAGCAACGCGUGGCUGGUCGUCGAGGCGAUCCCCGAGAAGCUCGACCUCAAGAUUUCAACCUUUUCCGAAUUGGAGUCAGCCGCGCCCAAAGAUGCCAUCCUUGCGUCCAACUAG